GAGCCCUGCGUGUCCGCGCGGGGCGCCCGAGCCGCGGGGCGCACGGCGGCGCCGGGAGGGGAGCGCCCCGGGGCGGCCGCAGCUCCGGGCAAGAUGCAGAGAGCUGGAGCCGGAGGCGGGGGCGCCCCUGGGGGCAGCGGCGGGGGCAGCGGCGGGGGCCCGGGCACUGCCUUCUCCAUCGACUCCCUCAUCGGGCCGCCGCCGCCCCGCUCCGGCCACUUGCUCUACACCGGCUACCCCAUGUUCAUGCCCUACCGGCCGCUCGUGCUGCCGCAGGCGCUGGCCCCUGCACCGCUGCCCGCCGGCCUCCCGCCCCUCGCCCCGCUAGCCUCCUUUGCCGGCCGCCUUACCAACACCUUCUGCGCGGGGCUGGGCCAGGCUGUGCCCUCGAUGGUGGCGCUGACCACCGCGCUGCCCAGCUUCGCGGAGCCGCCCGACGCCUUCUACGGGCCCCCGGAGCUCGCCGCUGCCGCCGCCGCCGCCCGAAACAACCCCGAGCCGGGCGGCCGACGCCCAGAGGGCGGGCUGGAAGCCGAGGAGCUGCUGCCGGCCCGGGAGAAAGUGGCAGAGCCCCCACCGCCCCCGCCUCCGCACUUCUCAGAGACUUUCCCAAGUCUGCCGGCAGAGGGGAAGGUGUACAGCUCAGAUGAGGAGAAGCUGGAGGCACCAGCAGGAGACCCGGCAGGCAGCGAACAGGAGGAAGAGGGCUCGGGCGGUGACAGCGAGGACGACGGUUUCCUGGACAGUUCUGCAGGGGGCCCCGGGGCUCUCCUGGGACCUAAGCCGAAGCUAAAGGGAAGCCUGGGGACUGGAACUGAGGAGGGAGCACCAGUGGCAGCAGGAGUCACAGCUCCUGGCGGCAAAAGCCGGAGGCGCCGCACAGCGUUUACUAGUGAGCAGCUUUUGGAAUUGGAGAAGGAGUUUCAUUGCAAGAAAUACCUGAGCUUGACAGAGCGUUCCCAGAUCGCCCACGCCCUCAAGCUCAGUGAGGUGCAGGUCAAGAUCUGGUUUCAGAAUCGGCGGGCCAAGUGGAAGCGCAUCAAAGCUGGCAAUGUGAGCAGCCGUUCUGGGGAGCCUGUAAGAAACCCCAAGAUUGUUGUGCCCAUACCUGUGCAUGUCAACAGGUUUGCUGUGCGGAGCCAGCACCAACAAAUGGAACAGGGAGCCCGGCCCUGA